CUCGACUUCACUGCGAACUUUCACCGUAAGCUUUUAUUCAACGACGCCAUGUUGAGCAGUAAUAAGUUCACCAUCCUCAAUAUUCGUCGUUUGCUGCGGACCCUCCUACUCCGGACGCUCUCGAUGCUGCAAACCUCUCUGCGCCUAUUACAUACCAAAUAGAGAUAUUGCCCCCCGUCAUUUACUUUACCCCCGUGCUUCUCCACCAUUCUUCUAUUUCACAAGGCCUCUAUCCCGUCCACCCUUGCCACAUCUCUUAGCUACCGGGUACUAUCUCCACACGAACGCGCGCUCCGCGACCAUGUCGGUUUCCAUCAAGCUCGGAACUCCCCUUGCAGAGGCCCUAAACGAGGCCGUGCAACCGAAGCUAGUGGAGGUGGGUUGGAGCACCGGCGGGGGCGACGACUCCGCGCUCGCAGAAUACGUCAUCCUCAUGCUUGUAAACGGGAAAACUCAGGAUCAAAUUGCUGCAGAGCUUGCAAACGACCUCCUAAGCCUAGGCCCGGAAGAUACGGAAGCGGUUGAUUUUGCGAAAUGGCUAUUUGAACAGGUCCAUGAACUAAACAACAAGAUAAAUGGCGCCCCGGAGAAGACAGCGCAACAGGCCCAGUCGCAAGCUAUUCCUUCCAUUUCAGAGCAGCAGGACAGCUCAUCCUUACCAACCGGAAUGGGAGAUAUGGGAGAUUCUGAAAUGGGCGGAGAUGUCACCAACGCGGUGCAGGAUGGUAAUAUUCCCACUGGUCCCAAAGCUGCCCGAAACCUCCGACACCAGCAGCAAGGCGGACGAGGCCGGAUGAUGGGGCAAAUAAAUAAAGCUAUGGACCGACCGAAUGAGUCAGUUCUGCACAGGGUACGCAAUCACCAAGGUUCAGAAAGAAUCAACAGUCACGCGAGAGAUCUCCCGAAAGGCCCAAGAGGGUUUCAGUGGAGAAACGGACGUAUGCUUCCGGGAAGGACUAGCGCCCCGAUGGGAAUGGGAAUGGGAAUGGGAAUGGGCAUGGGCAUGGGAAUGGGAAUGGGCGGUGCUCAGAUGCCAAACACGGCACACACGGCACCAGGAAUGGUGUCGUUGAGUCCUCAACAACAGAUGCAGAUGAUGGCUAUGCUAGAAGAACAAGCUCGAAUGAUGGCUCAGAUUAUGCCCGGCAUGGUUCCACCGGCGAUUAACCCCGCAUUUCAGAGCGGCCCGCCUCCGGGCCAACAAGGACGCUCCCUGUUUGAACGAGCGGAGAUCAACCCGAACCCGAACCAGCCCUUCGGUCGACCGGAGCACGCGAACGGCCAUUCUUCAAAAUUCCACCGACCAGCUGCAAACGUCGACGUUGAAAUGGACACAUCACAAGGUGCUCCAGGUUCUUCCAUGGACGUUGAUGCUGCACACGAAACCCAAGCCACAGAACCAGGCCCCAACACUGUUUGCCGAUUUAACCUGAAAUGCACACGGAAAGACUGCCCUUACGCGCAUCAAUCCCCCGCCGCCCCUGAAGGCAUGGUCGUCGACGUGAAUGACGAAUGUCCGUUCGGAGCAGCAUGCAAAAAUCGGAAAUGCGCCGCCCGACACCCUUCCCCCGCCCAAAAGAUCGAACACCAAUCCGAAGAACUCUGCCGAUUCUUCCCACACUGCACGAACCCAAACUGCACAUUCAAGCAUCCGAGCAUGCCCAUGUGCCGAAAUGGCGCGGACUGCACGACACCAAACUGCAAAUACACACAUCUGCAAAUCUCCUGCAAAUUCAACCCGUGUCUUAACCGGAUAUGCCCGUAUAAGCAUGCGGAGGGCCAGCGGGGUGUGUUUGCGGAUAAAGUAUGGAGAGCAGGUGAUGAUGCGAAGAAGGAGCACGUUAGUGAACGAAGAUUCGUGACCGAUGAGGAUGGGGAGGAGGAGCUUAUUAAGCCUGGGACUGCUGCGGCCGCCGAUACAUCCAUCGAUGCAGACGAAGCGAAGGGCCACGAGAUUUUGACUUGAUACACCUCCUUUAUAAUUUUCCGGUUCAAUUUCGUUUUCAUUUUAUAUAUAUCGCGGGUUUUUUAAUUUCCUAACCGCCACCCCACACCCGUGCGGCCGCUGUUUAUCACCUGUUUAUAAAGACCACCAUAUUUUGAGAAUCUCGUUUUCCUUUUUGAUUUCCUUUCUUCCCGGGGUUUCCUUCCUUCCUUCCUCCCUAACCAUGUAUUCAACCUUGCCUCGCUUCCAAGUUUUAACUGGGGUUGUACCCCCUGGCAUGAUCGGCGUUUGGAUAAGGGGUGCUGCAGUCGAGGGUUUUUUUUUUUUUUUUCCCAAAAAGGGGGAUUUCAAAUGGUAAUAUGGGGAAUAUGGGCGUUCAAACAUAUUGGAGAAUGAUGAGAAGUUUUUAGAUCAUGUAUGAUUAUUUUAUUUUAUUUUUAUUGAUUUUCUUCAUUCAGAAACGGGGUUUUCUCUUUCAUGAGGAAUGAAGUUUCCUUUUCCUUUUCCUUUCCCCAUUAUUUUUAUAUAUAACUACGGAGUAUAGAAGGGAUGUUUCAUUAUCCUCUUACCUAACCCCUAUUUUAUGCCAUCUCGUCCGAUGAAGAGAAAAGAAACAGAUGGCCAAUAAAUUUAGUAUCAGAUGAACCGUAUUUGUUCAACUACUACUCCGUACGCGGAACAUCGUCUUGAAGCUUAUUAACUCUUAUUUUGUAUGUCAGAUUUGAUUUUGUACGAGGCGUUGAUAACCUUGCAGGCUAUGUAGUAGCAAAAUAUAUCCUGGAGAGUGAAUAACAAUGGACGUUCAAACGGAUUUCUUUUCUUUUUUCUUCCCCACAGUACAUCACUGUGC